UUUUUUUUUUUUUUUAAAUUAGAGCUAUAUAUAUGUAGGAAUUUGUUUUGACGUAUUAGACUUAAUUCUUGUUUAGUGAAAACUUUGGUGUUAAAUGUCGUAUGACUUUAUAUUUAGUGAAAAACUUUCCGUUCAAGACUAAAAAGAGAAGUGUUUAUGCGUCAUACUCUAUAUGGCCUCUAUUUUUGAUAUAUUUGUGUUCAUCAAGUGUCAUGUUCUUGGCCUUGCAGUGAAUAAGGAUUGCCUCGGCGAUGAUUAAGGUAAUUUGAAAGGUACAACUCGAGCCUCCUCUGAAGAAUCAGAGGAUGGGAAAGAUAUUAUGUCUUAUGUUCAUGGUCAUAUGGUUUUGCUCUUGGACAUUGUCAUCUUCCCUUGUUGAAAAAUCUAACGAGUGGAUUAGCAUUGAGCUAAAGAAGCGGGAAUUAGACCUGGAAAGAGCGACUGCUUCAGGCAUAAAAGUCAGACGUGAUCAUAAGGAUUUAGAUUCAGCCAUUGUAUAUUUGAAGAAUUUCAUGGAUACUCAAUAUUAUGGUGAGAUUGGCAUAGGCACUCCUCCUCAGAAGUUCAAUGUGGUCUUUGAUACAGGUAGCUCAAAACUUUGGGUUCCGUCUACUAAAUGUUUCUUUUCGAUUGCUUGCUACUUUCACUCCAGUUACAGCUCAAGGAUGUCAAGAACAUACACCAAAAUAGGCAUACCUUACAAGAUACCUUACGGCUCUGGAUAUAUAGCCGGCAUCUAUAGCCAAGAUAAUGUCGAUGUUGGUGGUCUUAUUGUCCAAGAUCAGGUGUUUGUCGAAGCAUUGGCAGAAAAAUCAAUAGAUCUAAUAUUUAUGAAGUUCGAUGGGGUACUUGGCUUAGGAUUACAGGACAUAUCUGUUGGGUCAGAGGCACCAUUAUGGUACAAUAUGAUACAGCAGAAGCUUGUGAGCCAGCAAAUCUUUUCUCUCUGGCUGAAUCAGAAUGCACUUAGUACUGAAGUCGGGGGUGAAAUUGUUUUCGGUGGUAUUAACUGGAAACGUCACAGGGGUGAUCAUGUUUAUGUCCCAAUGGCUAAUAGUGAAUAUUGGCAGAUCGAGUUUAACGGUCUUGACAUAGCAAACAGUUCAACAGGUCAUUGUUCAGAUGGCUGUGCUGCUAUAAUCGAUUCUGGAACGUCCUUACUUGCUGGUCCGACGAUGAUCAUCGCAGAAAUUAAUCAUGCAAUUGGAGCAGAAGGAAUAGUCAGCUUGGAAUGUAGAACUGUUGUUUCAAACUACGGGUCUCUAAUAUGGGAUCAUCUAAUAGCAGGGUUAGAACCUGAAAGAGUUUGUUCAGCAGUCGGCUUAUGUUUGUACAAUAACAAAACGGGUUAUAUGAGUGACGGAAUUCAUACAGUUGUCGAUGGUGGAUACGAGGAGAACUCAUCAACUGUCAACAACACUGCAUACUGUAGUUUCUGUGAGAUGGCAGUAAUCUACUUACAAGUGCAAAUAAGAGAACGGAAAGCUAAGGAAAUAGUACUCAAUUUUAUGAAUAAGCUAUGUGAGAAACUUCCAAACCCGGGGCAAAAAUCGUUUGUCGAUUGUAAGAAAAUCAGAUCAAUGCCUCCGGUUUCAUUCACCAUUGGAGACAAAGCCUUCCCUCUCAUGCCAGAGCAAUACAUCCUCAAAGUAAAACAAAGUGGUUCACAUGUGUGUCUCAAUGGCUUUGUUGGUGUUGACGUCCCUUCACCACAAGGGCCUAUUUGGAUUCUUGGGAACAUCUUUUUGGGAGCUUAUCACACAGUUUUCGAUUAUGGGAAUCUUCGAGUUGGAUUCGCCAAAGCUGCUUAAGUACUACUCUAUCAUCUUGUGACCUCCUCGAUAAUCGAUUUUAUGAAAUCCUAAUUAAGCAUCCGAUUUAGUAAUUUACACACUUUAACAAAUUGGUGUUGUUUUAAUUAGUGAACCUUGAAUUUAUUGUUGGAUCUUCAAGUAUUAAGGAUAUGACUAGAUGUUUUCAUACAGUCGACUUGUCGAGUGUUAUGAUUCAUAGAAUAUCUUUGAAGUGAAUUACGUUUGGUUUCAUC